GCAAGACAAAGGUUGGUUGAAGAGACAGGACUUUUGCUGGACUGUGUGGCUGUGGCGGCUCUGCUCUGACGGUCCUCGUUGGCACUUCGCUUCACCCAUUUCUCUUCUGUUGCCACAACUUGCUUGCUUGCAGGUGACCGCGUUCACCGGCACCCCAUAAGUGCAAUUGCUUUGUGUCUCAAACACACACACACACGCACACAUGCACACGCACACACACCACACGCACACACACACACACAGAUUGCCAUGUCGGACGACGCACCACAGCAAACCCGCGCUGGGUUUAUUGCCAAGUUCAAGGCGGCGGGCUUUGAUGACAUUGAAGUGCACGAGGCGCCGGAUGGACAACUGCUGUUUGAGCUGCAUGGGGAAGCGGAGGAUCGCUUGAUGGAACAGUUUGUGGCCAAGCUGCAAGAGGCAAGGGCGAGCCAGCCGGAGAGGCCCGGGCAGUCUUCACCGUUCUAUCUGAAGGACGAUUCGCCAGAGGGCAGGUUCUGGCAGCGCGCCUGCCUGCGAGCCCGCAAGUUUGACGUGGACCGCGGCAUGGACCUCUAUCUCAGCUACCUGGACUUUCGAGCAGAGUUUGGCACAGACGAUCCAAACGAUCCCGAUGCAGAACAAACCGUCGAGCUCCUCAAGACCAACUUUGCUCGCUGCUGCGGCAACACCGACAAAAGCGGCAGGUACAUCUUCAGCUUUGAUGCUGGUGACUUCAAACCAUCGCUCUGGACCCCUCGCAUCUGCGCAAGGGUCAUCCACCACAUUGUUGUCAAUGCGACGGCCCGCUACCCGGACCUCCCCGCCCGUGGCAUCGUCACCAUCGGCAACAUGCGGGGCUGGGGGUACAGCAACUUUGAUCCAGAGACAGAGAAGAUUAUCAUGAAGCUGCUGACGCGGUCGCUGCCGGUGCGGCAGGGGACGAUGUACAUCUUCGACGCGCCGUGGGUCAUGCGCAUGGUUCUCCCCGUCAUCAAAAUGUUCAUGAAGAAGAAACUCAGGGAGCGCAUGAAGUCCGCGUCGACGGCGACGCUGCUUGAGCAGAUUGCGCCAUCACAGCUCGACGAGGAAUACGGCGGCGAAUACACGCGCGACAUGUUUUGCACCAGCCCCGAGCUCGCACACCCAGCGCUUCCCGGUGACGGCAUCACCCUCACCAAUGGCUAGCACUCGGCAGCGGGCGCGGGCAUGUGUGUGAUUGUGUGCUUGGACGUGUGUGUGUGUAUGUGUGUGAUUGUGUGCUUGUGAGAGUGUGUGUUGCAUGCGUGUUGGGCACAGCGUGACCGGUUUAAUUGACUUGAUUUUCAGUCAUCGUGAGAAUGAACGAUAAUUCAACAGCAGGAAUGCGCAAACACACACACACACAC